CAGCGCAUGGCAUUUCUCACUUCCAAUGGGGAUAGAUUGCGUCAAGCCGAACAGAGCAUUAUUUCAGCAGCUUGGAGUUAGAAAAGACGCACAUCAGUUAUUAUGGCGACGACGGAUAUCCAAGUGAAACAACGUAGAAAAAUUCGCCGAAAGAUAAAUUUUUAUUUUUACAGCCUCGUGUUGGGAACUGUAUUGUCUUUUUCAUCUGCGGUAGCUUUACAAUCUCUCCAAACAAGUAUUAAUAUAGAAGGAAAUGUAGGUUCUAUCGCUCUCACCUCGGCUUACUUUGGAUCUGUUGUCUACAGUCUAUUCGUAGCUCCGAUAACGAUGAAAAGAUUUGGUACUGGCCUCAAUUUAGUGAUCUCGGAUGUCAGUUACUUGAUCUACUGUGCCUCAAAUUAUUACCCAGAGAUUUAUGUAUUAGUACCGGGAUCAAUCGCAAGUUCAGUAGCGCGAUCUCUUCUACUCCCAGCAACAUCAAUCGCAGCUUUCCAAUUAGCUGAGCAAUUUUAUCGGUGUGGUUCUCAAGCGGAAGAAGUUUAUAUUAACCGUUUCCAAAGUCGAUACAUCAGUCUUUUUAGUUCUGUAUCGAUUGUAGGCAACGCAAUAUCGUUUGCUGCUUUAUCCGGAAGCAGACAAAAUAUUGAAAGUGAUGAGAUUGCUAACGUAACAAUUGCAUCAGAAUAUACCAAAAUGAUAUCAACUACAGCAUCACAAUUCGCAAACCGCAGCGAAUAUUACCACUGCGGAGUGAACGACUGUCAAGAUCCCGAGAUUGUGGAAGAAAACCUGAAUCAAUAUGUUCCUCCUGACAAAAUAAGCACUUAUAUUCUUGUUUCGGCAGCUUGUGGAAUCAACUUGAUUUCAUUCGUAAUACACGCUUUCAUUUACCCCGGGAUUGGAAAAUUUGGACACAAACUCUACAACUUGGACAAAGAAAUUUCUCUUUUUCUAAAACCAAAUGCUUCGUCGACAAGUUUGCAGUUUGCAAUCGAUGACGAUGUUGAUCAAAAAAAUAACAAUAAAGAAACAGACGUUCCCGCUAUUUCCAACAAAAAAGAGAAUUAUGAUAACCCAGCAUUUGUCCUAGAUUCACAAGAUUUUACGACGGCAAAAAAAACCAACGAUGAAACCAAUUCUACUUCGAAGACCGAUGCUGUUCAUAUUGAUGAAAAGUCUAUGGAUAGUCAUAAUGAGGUAUCAAUCAUAUUACAAUCAUCAGCAAAUUUUACUAAGUCAUUAAAACAUCAUCAAACAUAACCCUUGGGUUUCGCUAGUACAGUCCAGAUGUUCCACAAGUUCACAUUCAAAUCCGUUAGACUACAUUAUUCAAUGUAUAUUGUCCCCAGAUUUAAAUCGAAGCGGGC